AUGUCGUUGAGCCCAAAGCACACAACGCCUUUUUCAGUGACAGACAUUUUGAGUCCAAUCGAGGAGACCUACAAGAAGUUUGCUGCCAUGGACGGCGCAGGGAACCUAACCUCUCCGCUGGGAGCCUACCGGCAGCCUCAGGUGUCUCAGACUGGCAUGCAACAGCAUUCCAUGAGCCACAACGGCGGCGUGGCGGCCGCCUACCACAUGCCGCACUCGGUGUCCCAGUUCUCCCACAGCGCCAUGGGGGGAUACUGCAAUGGGAGCAUUGGCAACAUGGGAGAGCUGCCGUCCUACCAGGAGACCAUGAGGAAUAGUGCUGCAGCAACAGGCUGGUACAGCACCAACCCUGAUCCAAGAUACUCCACCACUUCUAGAUUCAUGGGACCUUCCACAGGUAUGAACAUGGCGGGAAUGGGGGCACUCGCGGGGAUGGGGGACGCCUCCAAGUCCAUGCCGGCCCUGCACGCCGCGCCCAGGAGGAAGCGGCGGGUCCUCUUCUCGCAAGCUCAGGUCUACGAGCUGGAGAGGAGGUUCAAGCAGCAGAAGUACUUGUCGGCGCCGGAGAGGGAGCACCUGGCCAGCAUGAUCCACUUGACGCCGACACAGGUGAAGAUCUGGUUCCAGAACCACCGGUACAAGAUGAAGCGCCAGGCCAAGGACAAGGCGGCGCAGCAGAUGCAACAACAGCAGCAACAACAACAGCAGCAACAACAGGACGGGACCAUGUGCCAGCAGCAGGCCCAGUCCCCGCGGCGCGUUGCCGUACCGGUUCUGGUCAAGGACGGCAAACCGUGCCAGAACGCCUCCAACACGCCGACGCCCAACCAGCAGAACCAACAGAGCCAGCAGCAGAACGGCGCCGGAGUGGUGCUCGGCCAGCACCAGAACCAGCAGCAGGUCAGCGAUUUGGACCUGGAGGAGAUGUCGCCCAGCCCCCCGUCGCUGCACAGCCAGCUCAGCAUGGCGCAAAUAGACACUUCUGCCGUAGACUACACCAGUAACAUGGUCACGUCGAACCUCCUCUAUGGGAGAACGUGGUAG